AUAAAGUGAGAGGAGGCCCCGCAGCCCCGCCCGCAAGCUGCCGCCCCUACCCGGUACCUCGGUCUCUCCAUCCGCUGGAUCCCAGAGAACCCCCACCUCCACUGCGCCAUGUGUGGGAUUUGGGCCCUCUUUGGCAGUGAUGACUGCCUUUCUGUUCAGUGCCUGAGUGCUAUGAAGAUUGCACACAGGGGCCCAGAUGCAUUUCGCUUUGAGAAUGUCAAUGGAUACACCAACUGCUGUUUUGGAUUUCAUCGGUUGGCAGUGGUUGACCAGCUGUUUGGAAUGCAGCCAAUUCGAGUAAAGAAAUAUCCUUAUUUGUGGCUCUGUUACAACGGUGAAAUCUAUAACCACAAGAAGAUGCAACAACAUUUUGAAUUUGAAUACCAGACCAAAGUGGAUGGUGAGAUAAUCCUUCAUCUUUACGACAAAGGAGGAAUUGAACAAACAAUUUGCAUGUUGGAUGGGGUGUUUGCAUUUAUUUUGCUGGAUACUGCCAAUAAGAAAGUAUUCCUGGGCAGAGAUACUUACGGAGUCAGGCCUUUGUUUAAAGCCAUGACAGAAGAUGGAUUUUUGGCUGUGUGUUCAGAAGCUAAAGGACUUGUGAACUUGAAGCACUCCACGACUCCUUUUUUAAAAGUAGAGCCUUUUCUCCCAGGACACUAUGAAGUUUUGGAUUUAAAACCAAAUGGCAAAGUUGCCUCAGUGGAAAUGGUCAAGUAUCAUCACUGUAAAGAUGAGCCACUGCAUGCGCUCUAUGACAAUGUGGAAAAACUGUUCCCAGGUUUUGAGCUAGAAACUGUGAAGAACAACCUCCGGACCCUUUUUGACAACGCCAUCAGGAAACGCUUGAUGACAGACAGAAGGAUUGGCUGCCUCUUAUCAGGGGGCUUAGAUUCCAGUUUGGUUGCUGCCACUCUGUUGAAGCAGCUGAAAGAGGCUCAAGUACAGUAUCCUCUGCAGACAUUUGCGAUUGGCAUGGAAGACAGCACUGAUUUACUAGCUGCUAGAAAGGUGGCAAAUCAUAUUGGGAGUGAACACCAUGAAGUCCUCUUUAAUUCUGAGGAAGGCAUUCAGGUCCUGGAUGAAGUCAUAUUUUCCUUGGAAACUUACGAUAUUACAACAGUUCGUGCGUCAGUAGGUAUGUACUUAAUCUCCAAGUACAUUCGGAAGAACACAGACAGCGUGGUGAUCUUCUCCGGAGAAGGUUCAGAUGAGCUUACGCAGGGUUACAUCUAUUUUCACAAGGCUCCUUCUCCCGAAGCGGCCGAGGAGGAGAGCGAGAGGCUUCUGAAGGAGCUCUACCUGUUCGACGUUCUCCGGGCGGACCGCACGACUGCCGCCCACGGCCUUGAAUUGCGUGUCCCUUUCCUGGAUCAUCGAUUUUGUUCCUAUUACUUGUCUCUGCCCCCAGAUAUGAGAGUUCCCAAGAAUGGGAUAGAAAAACAUCUCCUGAGAGAGACUUUUGAGGACUCCAAUCUGAUACCUAAAGACAUUCUCUGGCGGCCAAAAGAAGCAUUCAGCGAUGGCAUAACCUCGGUUAAGAAUUCCUGGUUCAGGAUUUUACAGGAACAUAUUGAACAUCAGGUUGAUGAUUCAAUGAUGGCAACCGCAGCCCAAAAAUUUCCCUUCAAUACUCCUAAAACCAAGGAAGGCUACUACUACCGUCAAAUCUUUGAACGCCACUACCCAGGCCGGGCAGACUGGCUGACCCAUUACUGGAUGCCCAGGUGGAUCAAUGCCACGGACCCUUCCGCCCGCACGCUGGCCCAUUACAAGUCAGCCGCCAAAGCCUAGGUCCUGUCUGAGCGAUGCCGUGAAAGGAAACGUUCCUCUUGUGAAGAGUAGGGGACUCUGGGGCAGGACGGGGAGCAGGGAGCAUCAACCACCCAGGCUUGUUGGGCAUGGAAAAAAUAAAAGUCUUAAAUCUGA